UCAUAUAUCGUGUAAAAUACCAAAACACACCUCACCUCUCUCUAUCUUUCGCUAGAUCGUUGCCAUGUUUUCUAGAGAAGGUGCUUCAAAAAACCGCACAGACCCCGAAGAUAAACCAAUCCAAAGGUGCCACCAACUUCUAAAGAUGCGUGACUUUAAGAGUGCUCGAUAUAUCAUUCAAAUGAAUAAGCUAGUAAGCAAUAAACGUGACGCUGAGUUUGAGAAAGCCCUAGUCAUUUGUGACAUCCUUAUCGCUGCAGAGAACCGGCUUCCCCACGGGUUGUUGGAUUGUUACGGCAUGAUCCGGAUGACCGGACCUGGACCUGUGUUAUUUGAGAACAUGGAGAAGAUAAUGAAUCUUUUGGAAUGGGGAGACACUACUAACCCUUUCCCAUUUAGACAUGAAGCUUCUGAAAAAGCCUUCUUUGCUUGGUCGCUCCUGUCCAAUCCAACCAUUAAGGAGUGCGGCACCCAAAGCGGUGAUGGAUUAGGUGGUGAGAAAAGAAAGCGAAAGACGCGUGAUUUGCCUGGAUCAGAGUACUUGAAAGAGUUUCCGACAGCGGAUGUGAAUCCCUUGCCGCUAUCGGAGAAACGACAGGCUCCGCACAAUCGGUUUCGAUGGAAUGACGCUUCCUUUGUCCCCAAGAAACAUAAUUUUGGUCCUGGAACUAACGAUAAGGUGGUAGUUAUUUCUGACGACGAUGAAGAGGAGUUUGACAUGAGCUUAUGCAGCGAACUGCGAAUAAUUAAUGGAAGGAGAGUGAAAAUUAUACCAUUGAAGAAGCAGCAAAAAUAAGUGCUACUGCUAGUUGCUCAAGAAGAAGACUAUGCUCAAGCGUUUAAGUGUCGUUCCUUUAGACCAUUAUCCUAAAAUUUUCUUUUUCAUAAUAAAACUGAGGUUGUAAU